UCGCUGUGCAUUCAGCUUCCGGCGGCAUUCGAAAAAUGGCCGGCUUGAGGCAAACGCCGCUCACUUGUUCGGGUCAUACCCGGCCCGUUGUGGACCUGUGUUUCUCAAAGUUAUCUUCGACGGGCGCCUAUUACCUAAUCUCAGCAUGCAAAGAUGGGAAGCCAAUGCUCAGGCAGGGAGACACUGGAGACUGGAUCGGGACAUUCGUUGGGCACAAAGGCGCCGUCUGGGGCGUUGCUCUCAACAAGGACGCCUCCAGGGCUGCCACCGGCGCAGCUGACUUUACUGCCAAGCUGUGGAACGCAGUGGCUGGGGAGGAGCUCCACACUUUUGCUCAUCCCCACAUAGUGCGUUCCGUGGACUUCGACCCCGAUGGCUCCAAGCUGCUGACGGGAAGUAAUGACAAGUCACUCCGGAUCUUUGACGUCAACAAGGUGGAUGCUGACCCCAUGGUGCUGAAAGGACACACAUCUGCCAUCAAGAAAGUGUUGUUCCUCCAAGACGAAAAGCGCUUUGUCUCUGCAUCGGAUGACAAAACAGUCAGGUUCUGGGAUUACGUGAGCGGGGCGGAGGUGGGCAAGCUGGAUCUUCCCAGCGCCCCGAGUGACCUGGAGUUGACCCCGGACGGCAGCAUGCUCUUGGUCACUCACGGCCACUUGGUGAGCACAUGGAGCACCGAAACCAUGGAAAAACUGAAGGAGUUCCAGAUUCCAAGCCAGGUGAACUCUGCAUCCCUGCUGCCUGACAAGUCCUUCUUUGUCUGUGGAGGCGAGGACUUCAAGAUGUACAAGUUCGAGUAUGAAACUGGGACAGAGCUUGAAUCGUUCAAGGGACACUUCGGACCCGUGCACUGCGUGAGAUUCUCCCCCGACGGCGAGCUGUAUGCAAGCGGAAGCGAAGACGGAACCCUGAGGCUCUGGCAGACGACGGUCGGCAAGACGUACGGCCUGUGGAAGUACGUGCAGCCAACGGAAGGCCCAGUUGGCGACGGCGUGGCAAACAACAACAACAAUAACGACAUUCCCACACCCCCUGACACCGCUGCCACAACGCCGACUGCCAACAGUGCCGUGAAAGCAGAGGCGUGAUCUCCCAGGGCUGACGAAAAAGAAACCUGGAACUGAGAUCCAGCAAGCUAUUGGGGGACAAUCUUGGGAUCAUGCACAAAUGAAAGGCGGAUGGUGCCACUGUGCAACUUACAGCAUAGCAGAAGUGGCCCCAUUUGCUUAAGGUCGGCAGACGUCUAGAAGUCCAGAAGUGUGCUGUUAUCACAGUUGCAUGCAGAAUGCUCGUGUCUCCCUUUUUUUUUUCCCUUACUUUUUUAUUUUUCUUGAAAAGUGAAUAACUACGGGGAGAAGGAAGUCCUCCUGUUCAGGUUUUGUUCUGCCAACCAUGUUAUGCACAGUUAUUGUGGAAGUGCGGUUGCCAUCUUUGCUUUACUCGAAGUUUGGGCAUUUUCUUUUCCCGUUCGUUUUGUAGCAUCGAUGCCCAUCUGCCUAAGUCGGUAGACAGCUGGAAGCCAGUGUGGUGGUCGCUACAGUUGCACGCACAAUGCUCAUGCUUCCAUUUCUCUCCUUUUUUUUUUUAAUUAUCAUUAUUCCUCUGGUGUUUACCUAUGAGAAAGCCAAGUUGACUACAAGGAGGAAGGGGAUUGUCUGCUUCAGAUUCUUUCCCGGUAGCCACGGUAUGCAUAUUAAUUCAGUGUUCUGAAAAUGUGGUAACAGUUUUACCAUGCUGAAAGCUGGGGCAUUCUCUCCCUCUCUCUUCCUCUUUUUUGUCUGGUUUGUAGCCUGUGUUACCUGGCAAAGGAGAACGUGUGAAGGCCAUAAUAUGGCAUUGGUGGACUUGUAAUCAUGCUUUCUUUGUUACAUAAUGAGAAAGCAGGUUUACUGUGCCCAAAGGUUGGGUUACUUUUUUUUUCUCCUGUUUAGUUCAUAGUGUGUCACACCACACACAACCUAAAGAGAGCAGGAAAGCAGUGUCUGGUGUUGCCGGUGGUUAAUUAAAGCCCUCUUUGUUGUUAAGCUUAGUGCAGAAACCUUUGUUCUCUGCUGUGAAGCUUCUACAUCUGUUUAACAUUAUGCAGUGCUUUGCACUCGAGAGAAGGAUUGGUAUGCAAAUGGGCCUGCAAUGAGUGCAUUGCUUUUUGACUGCUGUGAAUGUAGCUAAAAUGUGGCAGAUGGGUCGUGUUGACAUGAAAUUAAACAAAUGUUUGCUUCAUCCUUUUUACUGCAUGGGCUUUCAUCCAUUUGUUUCUAUGAAAUAGCAAUUUUUGAUAUUGUAAUAGAUGAGGUUGGAUUCCUGUGUCGGGGUAGACUUUCUAGUUAUCACUUAACAUUGGCAGGUUGUGAUGUUCUCGUGGCUCUGUGAACUGUACCUUUGUGUGUAUUGCCAACUCCAUGUAAUCUGCACCCCCAAUUUGAACUCUCGGAAAGACUCCGGGAUCAAAACUGUGCAACAACUGCAUAUUGAAUUGAACAUUCAUACCUUUACAUAAGUAACUCGGCACAAUUGCAGGUUUGAAGUAAAGGUACAGUUUACUUAUUCAGUUAUCGCAAACUUGACGACGGCUGCUGCCUGCUUGAAGCGCAGUAUGGCUUCCCAGCAAUGCAGACUACAUUUAUUGUGAAUCUGCCUUGAGUGGUUGGCGUCAUGGCAGUGCACUUUCAAUUGACAUAAACCACUCCUGAAGGUAAACUUAUUUGCCUACCGGCGCUGUGCUUAAAUGUAUUGAAUUUCUAGUGUUCUGCAAUUUGAGCUUGUGAGUACAGGGAACAAGUAGAAACAAAAAACUAACAGUCUACAAUGAAAACAUUGUGAAUAAAAGAAAGGAUGGUUCAAUUUCAAUAUUUCAAGUAAUUUACGCAGGUUGGGAUGACAUUGUAAAAUGUGCACAUGGCACAAAAUAUUUUGAGAAUGGAGCAUGUACAACUGUCUUGGUACAUGCUCGUCACUGUAGCACUUGCAUAGUGCUUAUGAAAAAGAUUCAGUUACACGAAAGCUCUUCAUUGCAGAAUUUUCCAUCUUUCAAGCAAGAAUCUGAGUCUCGUGCUCCGUAUAAACUAAUAGCUUGUAGUCCGCUGACUUUUAUCUAGAACUGUAUGCUUUCUCGUGAAACAGGAUCCCUUUUCUAUGCUUUAGUACCCACAAAGGCAAGAAACUUGCUAUAACACUGUUCCAGCUUACCUGUGUGAAACUUGUGCAGAACAGAAUUUUUACGUGGCAAGACUUAUCAUCCGGUUCAUAAACUUUUGGCUAAGACCAGAUAUAUUGAAUCCCUUUCUAAAUCCCGUUCAUGAGCUUCACAGCCAAGUGACUAGAAAGAUAACUUUGCUUCAACAGAGUUUCCCUGCUUACGGAACAAAGUUUUUAAUGGCUUAUGUGGUUCAUAAGCAUUUUUUCCAUGGUUUUGCAGAUUUUGACGAAACAUAGUACCCCCCUUUUUUUUGUGCUGUAGUAGCAUUGAGUGGUGACAAAAAAACUGCUUCAACAGUUUUCUAGCUUGCCUGACUGUGCGGAACAGAGUUGUUUAUGUGCCAUGUUAGUUGCUUACGUGGUUCACAAACGUUUGUUUGCAACUCUGCACACUUGAGUAUAGCUGAAUCCCUGUUUUGUGCUCUAGUAGCCACAGCUGAUAAGGCAGCAGCUUAGCAGCCUUAGCGGAGCUUUCCUACUAGAAGGUCUCUUGCACAAAGUUCUUCACUUUGGUUUGUUAAUGAGAAAGUUUGACAACAUUGCUUGGGGAUAUCUCAUGUGGGGGCUCAUCUCGCCCGUAUCAUCAAGAGUGUGAAGCUGCAGCAGAAAUUAAGUCAAUGCUAAUUUUUCAAUAGUACACGCAGCUGAUGGCCUGUUUUAUUGCAGGCGUUUUAUUUUGUUGUGUUAAACAUUUGACUUCCCACUGUUCCUUCCCUAACAUUGGCAGCCUGCUAUUGGUCGGGUUGAAGUGUUAAGUUUUGUUUGCAUUACGUCGUAUUACAAGUGCUAUUUUGAAACAGCCAACUGUGAUUCUCCAAGAACGACCUGGCCUCUUCCUCUACAAUGGGAGUGACGCUUGCCUCAAGCCGGAGAUAUAUUGAUGACUGUGCACUUCUCAAAAUAAAAGUUUGGCAUGCCUUGCCAAAGAAGGCUAA